AUGCUGGGAUUGGCUCUGGCGCCCCUGCCUUCCUGCUUCCUGCUGCUGCUAGCGUCCCAUUGCCCUCGCACUAGUCUUUCCUGCCUCUGCAUUGCUGGCGAACUAGCGCCCUCGUUGCUGAACAUCCUGUGCUGCUUGGUCCUGCACCCACCGGCAAAUCUUCUUCCUCAACUAAGGCUCAAGGCUCAACCUGGAGGAGGGGCUUGCGUUGCUUGCUGGUCCUCUGCCAAUGCUAGCCAUACUCCUGCUGAUACCGAUACUCCUGCUGAUACCGAUCUCAUCAUCCACUUGCUAAUUUUACUUACACCCACCGUUCCACCCGGUCCCUAUCUUUAUCUGUUCCGGCGGUUUCUGCUUCGCAUGAUCCCUAUACCCAGCAAUUCGUUUCUGGGAGCUCGGAUCAUCUAG